AUGGCCGUCUUACCUCCUACUGUCCGGUCACUGCAGCCACCGAAGGGAUCAGAUAUUGAUUUUGGAGCUCAAAUUGAAGGCGUGGACGUGGAGAACUUGACUGACGACCACUUUGCAAUUAUUCGAGAUGCUCUCUAUCGGCAUCAGGUCGUUGUAUUCAAGAACCAGCAUAAGCUAUCUCCCAAAGCACAAUACGAACUUACAAAGCGUUUCGACCCUGUAUCGAACAAUUACGGACAUGGCAAAACGAUCGACGCGAAGAGAAGCAUACUUCACCCCGAUUUGAAGACAGUUCCACACCAACCACAAGUACAGGUAAUUGGAAAUGGAUUUGUGCCAUCGUAUGAAGGACUGGAAAACAUCCAGUUGAGGCAUCCCCAUCACCGCACAUUUCAUAAAGAUCACAUCCCAGACGACAAAGACUACGAUUUCACUCGUUUCUACCGAUGGCACAUCGAUGCAGCCCUGUAUGGGCUGCACCCACCACAAGUAACGACAUUAUUGGCGGUUGCAGUUCCAAAAGGCCGUCGCCAGACAUUGUUAUACGACGAUGGAACAGGAGAAACAUUAGACGUGCCUCUCGGCACGACAGCUUUCGUCAGUGGCGAGAGAAUGUUUGAGAUUCUAUCUCCAGAGGACCAGAAAUUUGUGCUUUCAAGCAAGAUGGAAUACUCGCCACACCCAUACAUAUGGAUGAGUUCUGCUCAUUCCCGCUCAACGGGUCUAGGCUUGCACUCGGAAGGGCUCGAGCUACCUAACUCAGACCUGCCACCUAUUGAAGAGACAAAGAUUAUGGUUUAUCCGAUGGCCUGGAAGAAUCCAGUGACCGGAAAGUUUGCUCUUCAAAUUCACCCGUCGGCAGUUCGUCGGAUCCACUGUGCCGAUGGCACUAUCAUAGAUGACUUGGAACGUGUGCGUGAUAUUGUCUACAAACUACAAAGACCGGCCAUCAGUCCCCAGUAUGUAUACCCGCAUGACUGGGAGGAAGGAGACCUAGUACUGUUCAACAAUCGUGGCCUCAUUCACUCGGUUGUUGGCGCGUUCAAACCGGAUGAAGUACGAAUAUUUAGGCAGUGCAACUUGGCCGCGUCUGAGACCCCAGUUGGUCCAUAA